AUGGCCUCCGGCACCACCUCCCGACCGCCGCAGAAGCUCUACGACCUCGACGUCACCGUCGUCUCCGCCAAGCACCUCAAGAACGUCAACUGGAGGAACGGCGAUCUGAAGCCGUACGUCGCUUUGUGGGUCGACCCCGACCGGCGGCAGUUCACGAAGCCCGACGAUUCGGGCUCCACCCGGCCCGUAUGGAACGAGCGGUUCGUCCUGCCGCUCAGCCUCCCACCCAGGGACUCCUCCCUCACCCUUGAAAUCCUCCACGCCAGGCCCUCCGACACCCCCAAAGCCCUGGUCGGCGCCCUCCGCGUCGAUCUCCGAGAUCUCCCUGCCGGAUCGGACGAUUCGCCCGUCCGACUCACCUCGUUCGAGCUCCGCCGCCCCUCCGGCCGCCCCCAGGGCAAGAUCCGCCUCAAACUCGACCUGAUCGAGCGGCCCGCGGAGAAUUACCAAACUACCCCUCCUCCUCCUCCCGGCUAUUACUACUCGUCCGCUCCUCCUCCACCGAUGCCGUACAGAGGGUACUCCCCUUCGCCGUAUUCCUCUGUCCCCCAGCCUGCUCCGCCGCCGUCUUCCUUUUCUCCACCGCCUCCCCCACAACCCUACUAUUCAUACUCCGAUCCGCCCUCGGGAUACUAUUCAUCUUAUUACUCCCACCCCCCACCGCCACCUCAUCGGCCGUAUUUCGAACGGCAGCCGAGCUUAGGGCUUGGGCCGAGUGCUCCGAUGGAUUACACGCCUUACGACUAUCAUAAGCCGAGUUCGAGUAAGCCUGGGAUGGGAGUGGGAACGGGCUUGGCAGUGGGAGCUGUGGCUGGAGCCUUGGGAGGACUGGCUUUGGAGGAAGGGGUCAAGUAUGAGGAAGAGAAGAUUGCCGAAAGAGUUGAGAAUGAUUUGGCUUCGACUGCCGCAAGGGAUGAACGUUAUGGUGAGUACCGAAUGUAA